AUGCAGCCCCAGCUCCUCCUCCGCAUCGCCCAAAGCCAACGCACGCCCUUUGAGAAGCGCGUCUGGGCCGCCCUCUGCCAGAUCCCGCGCGGCCGCGUCACGACCUACGGCCUCCUGUCCGCAUACCUCGGCACCUCGCCGCGGGCCGUGGGCAACGCCCUGCGGAGGAACCCGUUUGCGCCCGACGUGCCGUGCCAUCGCGUCGUGGCGACGGGGGGCGCGCUGGGCGGGUUCAAGGGCAGCUGGCCCAAGGACGGCGAGGGCAUCACGAUUGCGGAGAAGAGGAGCCUCUUGAGGGCCGAGGGGGUGAGGGUCGACGAUAGGGGGAGGGUGUUGGGGACGGUGUGGUCUGGGUUUGAGUGA